AUGGCACCGUACGAGGCGUUAUAUGGUCGUAGGUGUCGUACUCUUACCUGUUGGACUGAGUUAGGUGAGCGGCGAGUUCUAGUGCCUGAGUUAGUUUCUGAUACCAAAGAAAAGGAAAAACUGAUUCGAGAUCGAUUGAAGGAAGCAUCUGAUAGACAGAAGUCACACACGGAUCUUAAACACCGAGAGGUUGAGUAUUCUACGGGGGACUUUGUAUUUCUCAAGGCCUUCCCAUGGAAAAAGAUAUUGAGGUUUGGGCAGAAGGGUAAGCUUAGCCCUAGGUUCAUUGGGUCGUACCGUAUACUAAAGCAUGUGGGACCGGUUGCUUAUCAACUUGAGUUGCCUUCUGAAUUAGACCAGAUUCAUGAUGUGUUCCAUGUCUCCAUGUUGAGGCAUUAUUGCUCUGAUCCCACAUGCAUUGUGCCAGUCAAGGAGAUCGUGGUUAGGCCAGAUCUGACCUUCGAGGAGGAGCCAGUGCAGAUAUUGGACCGUGAGGUUAAAGUACUGAGGAAGAAAUCUAUUCCAUUAGUCAAAGUGCUUUGGCAUAAUCACAGUUUAGAAGAAGCCACGUGGGAACCUGAAGAGGUAAUGCGACAAUAA